CCUUCCCUGAUUCAGUCGAAAACCUCGAAUACAGGUUAGCGUGCUGCCCCUCCUCCUCCUCUCCUCCGUCCCUCUGAGACCUGUUUCUCUUCUCGCUCUCUCCCUUCCUCCUCCAUCCCUCUGCUUCCUUCUUCGCCGCCUUCUCUUGUACUCGUCAACCUCUUCCCCCAUCUGAAUCCAUCUCGUUACAAGUACGAGCUCCAUAACACUUCAAUUCUGUACACCAACAAACAUAAAAAAACAACAUGAACAUGAUUCGCUCCUCUCGUCUUGUGGUGAGCUACAACGUUCUGAGCGUCAAGCGUCCGUACGUCGCGGCGUCGUUGACUUCAGCUGCUCUUUUUGGAGUCGGCGACAUCGUCUCGCAGCAGGCUGUGUCGCGCAAGGGCCUCAAGAACCACGACUUCGCCAGCACUAUGCGCAUGACUCUUUACGGCGCCUGCGUCUUCGGUCCGGUCGCUACCGCCUGGUACAAGCUCUUGGAGCGCCACGUCGUCAUCAAGGGACAGAAGUUCGCGACCGCGGCUGCUAGAGCUGCCGCUGACCAGACGCUCUUUGCGCCCGUUGGAAUCGCUGCCUUCUUCACUUGCAUGACCGUCAUGGAGGGCGGCGACAUCAAAAAGAAGCUCGCCGAAAAAUGGGAGCAGACUCUUUACACCAACUGGAAGCUUUGGCCCUUCGUGCAGUUGGGCAACUUCACUCUGGUGCCUUUGCAUCUUAGGCUCAUGGUUGUGAACGUCGUCUCCAUCGGUUGGAACGCUUACUUGGGCCACGCCAACUCCAAGACGGACGACACUCCCGGCUCCAAGGAGGUUUCUCGCAUCGAGGAACUCACCGACGAGGCGGCCACCAAGAUCAGCAAGACCGUCAAGGCUUGAAUGAAAACGACGGCUCUCACCCGGAUAGGACAAAACCACUCUUUGAGUGUUGGGUGUCGGAGCUGCGAACUCGAUCUGGAAUCAGAUGAAAGUUUCAUUUUCGCUUGUCUGUUUGCUUCACGAUAAAAUGAUGGGAGGACUUGUUUCUGGUACACCGUUUACUUCUGCAUGGAUUUUACACUUGGUCGGCUACAAAGGCGUUGAUGGUCAUGGGACUAGAUGAGGCUGAUAUUUGUUGUACUUAGUUUCUGUCUGCUUUCUUUGUUCUGAGUUUGCUUCAAUCUUCCGGGGCUCGUUUCUUUACUCCAUACCUAAUACCCUAGAUAGAGCAUUGUGUUUGUGUCUUGACGAUGCCAAUGGUGGCGACAUGAGGAUUGGGGAUUGUCUGUGUUUUCGUGUCUUACUAUCUGUUUGUGUGUGUUUCUGUGUUUUUUUUGUGUGUGUCCCACUUACUUCUCUCGCGGUUGGCUGUAUUCGCCGCGGCUCGUGCG